AUGCCUCCGAUCGUGCAUCUAGUGCGACACGCUCAAGGCUACCACAACCUCACAACCGCAAACCACACUCUUCCCGACCCAGAACUCACGCAACUAGGAGAGCAGCAAUGCGCGCAACUCCAAGAGAGCUUUCCAUACCAUUCUCAGAUCGAAUUGGUCGCUGCCUCUCCCCUGCGCCGAACCAUUCAUACUGCUCUGCUCAGCUUCCAGCCUGUCUUUUCUGGCCAUAAGGAUUUAAAGCUCAUUUGCAUCCCCGAGGCACAGGAGACAAGCGACGUUCCCUGUGAUACUGGAAGUGACCCUGCCGUGCUGCAGAAAGAGUUUGUUGAUCGUGGUCUGCCGGUUGAUAUCUCCCUGGUGCAUGAAGGAUGGAAUAGCAAGCAAGGCAAAUGGGCCCCCCAGAUUGGAGCUCUUAGAAAUCGCGCCCGUGAGGUUCGGCAAUGGCUCAAAGCUCGUCCGGAGAAGCAAAUCAUCCUGGUCACGCACGGUGGACUGCUUCAUUAUUUGACCGAAGACUGGGAAGAUAGCAGUCUUUACCAAGGCACCGGCUGGCUCAACACGGAGUAUCGCUCGUACACUUUCUCCGAUACCAUUGACACCGAGGACAUUGAAGGCAAGAAACUAGACGAUGGUGAUGAUGCCACAAUUAUCGAAACUCCAGAAUCCCGAAAGCGUCGCGGAAAGAGCGCCGAGGCGCCAUCCCGCGAAGACCAAAAAGUGUAUUACCAACAGGGACUCGACGGCUGGGAAAAACAAGGAUUGCAGCCCAGUUCAAAAGAACGCGAGAAUGCUAAAGUUCCCGAGGGUCAGGAAGUCGACGGCAGUCGCGUAUAG